CAAGCCGGAAGUAGCGAAGGGUAAACUCACGUGUACAACAUGAAGAACAGAAAAAAGCACAACAAUGUGUCCAAUAAAGCGAAAUUCAAGCCAGGGUCGAAGAAGAGAGAAAACAAAUGCAUCGUAACGUUUGACGACAAAGACAGACAGGACUACCUUACCGGUUUCCAUAAGCGCAAGGUGGAAAGGAGGAAAGCAGCACUGGCAGAAAUUAAAAAGAAAAUUAAGGAAGAGCAAAUUAGAGUUCGGGAAGAGAGGCAUAAGGAAUACAUGAAGAUGCUGAAGGAGAGGACAGAAGCUCUAGAGGACGAUGAAGAUGAUAUGGAAGAUGUGAUAACCAGCACGACAGAGUCUGUACAGUACGAUCACCCUAACCACACCGUCACCGUUACAACCAUCAGUGAUCUCGACCUCACUGGGGCUCACCUGCUUGGGCCUGCAGGAAAUCAGGCUAACGGGGAGAGUAAGGAUGAAGAAAAGGGGACGGAAGAGGAGGAGAAAACAAAUGCAAUGCCAAGAAAAGCCGGGAACCCUAUCAUGAACAAAAAGAUCCGCUCCCUAACGGCGUCACUCAACACUUACAACAGCAAGCGGAAGAGGAAAGGGAAGCAGGAAGGCCGAGGAGGACGAGGCCGUCCGACAGACAAGAGACCUGGUGUCACAGAGAUGAAAAAGAGAGCGGGGAGGACCAGCAAGUGGCAGAGACGUCGACAGACUGGAAAGAGGGUGCAUCAUCAGGACUGAAAGAGAUUGUGUGUAAAAAUAACUGUGAACUGUGAAGAGAUCUGACCUCUUGUGUCAGAUUUAUGCUCCUGUGUUUGAGCGUGAGACGUUUGUAAAGUCAACACAAGCUCCUGUGGACACUCAGUGUCUACAUCGUGGAGUCUGUUAUGACAAUACUACCACAGUACCUGAAACCUUGUGCUCAAAUUUGUACAUUUUUCUAAGAAACUGCUUCUGUAGUGUUAUUUCCUAAAAUAAACUUUACUGUGUUAACCGAAAUUUUGAUGAAAUAAGAGAUU